UAUCACAAAAUCUCAAUGAAUAGUUUCAUUUUUAUCAUUGUUUAGGAACAAGUAUCUUGAGUUGUUCUAACUAUAUUGAUAAUAUCAAAGUUGAAAACGCAUUGCCGAGAGUUUUUAAAUAUAUUAAACAAGCGAUAAGAACAGAACUUUUAUCAGUUGAGGUCUAUUCACUCUUGGCCGACCGUUUUAGUUUAUCAUUCAUAUUUCACUCAUUCAUAUUACGUCUACAGCAAAAAAAAAUUGCAAUUUAUAAACAAAACAUUCGACAUACUACGUUACUAACAUGAUUACCCAAGGUAUGGUCACGGGAGGCCCUUCAUUAAGCAUACCUGCUCAUUUAUCUUUUGGUCAAUAUGUCAUAGACAGAUUAAGAAGUUUUUGCGAAACAAACAAAGAUUGCUUGAUAAAUUAUGAAACUGGAAAUAAAGUUACGAGUAAAGAAUUUUUAAAAGAUAUAGUGAGCAUUGCAACAGGAUUAAGGAAGUUGCAAUUGAAAAGAGGAAAUACAAUAGGCAUUUUCAGUGAAAAUAGAAAUGAAUAUUUGGCUGUUGUUCUUGGAGCUGUAUGCUGUGGUGCCACCGUGACGACGAUCAAUGCAAUUUACAAACCCGAUGAACUAAAGCAUGCAUUAAGCAUAGCAAAUCCAACUGUGAUGUUCUGCUCCCAAUCAACCCUGAAAAAUAAUUUGAGGGUUUUAAAGGCAACACCUUCCAUUAAAACAAUUAUUCAAUUCGACGGGACGCCUACUGAAACAGGAAUCAUUCGGUACAAAAAAAUUAAGAUGGACGCUAAUAUUUGGGAGUUCGAACCGGCAGAUGUACAAGGAUCCUCAGACACUCUAUUCUUACAGUACUCUUCCGGGACUACAGGUUUAUCCAAGGCUGUCAUGCUUACCCACCUCAAUGUAUUAUACGCUGUAGCUUGUUUUGACUAUGGAUACAUUCGUGAAUGUUGUUCAAGAAUUUUAAUUGCCAUGCCAUGGUCGCAUAUAUAUGGAUUAGCAGUCACCAUACACUUAUUGACCUGCAAUAAGUUAGUUGUAUAUCUGCCAAAAUUUUCUAGUGAUCGAUAUUUCGACGCCAUUCAGAAAUAUAAGAUAGAAGCUUUGUACACGGUUCCUCCAAUUUUGGUAAUAAUAUCAAAAUUGCCAAUCGUAUCACAGUGGGACCUGUCCUCAAUUAAAAGGAUUUCGUGUGGCGCAGCGCCUCUGAGCGCAGAAACAACUCAAAGCGUCCUAGAACGUUUACCAAACUGCACAGGAAUAAUUCAAGGAUAUGGCAUGACAGAACUUUCUUUGGGAGCAAUAAAAUGUACGGACGAUUUAAACAGCGUCAAUAAGCCUGGAAGUUGUGGUCGCCCUGUACCAGGCGUAAAAAUAAAGGUAGUAAAUAUAGAAACGCGUGAAAUAUUAGGCCCCUACAUGGAGGGUGAGAUUUGCAUUAAAGGACCUUUGGUUAUGAAAGGGUACGCUGGAAAUGCAACUGCAACUAAAGAGAUCAUGGAUAAUGAAGGCUACCUAAAAACUGGGGAUAUUGGCUACUACGAUGACGAUGGAUAUUUCUUUAUAGUCGACCGACUGAAAGAACUCAUUAAAUACAAAGGAAAUCAGGUGGCACCAGCGGCAAUAGAGAGCACGCUGUUGCAACACAGCUGCGUGGCAGACUGCGGCGUGGUAGGCGCGCCCGACGAGGCGGCGGGUGAACUACCCACCGCUUUCAUUGUUCUCAAACCAAACGUAAAGCCUAAUAAAGAAGACAUAUUACAAUUUACUGAACAGAAAUUGUCACCGGUAUCCCGACUGCGAGGAGGCAUCAUCUUUACUAACGAAAUCCCGAAAAAUCCCUCCGGGAAGAUUUUGCGUCGAGUGUUAAAACAAAGGUUAUCACAAAUAAAGUAAAAAAGAAUGGUUGAAGAAACAGUAAAUAGUGUAUUUUAGCAGUGUCCGACCACCUGUCGGCUUCGGCAUUUAACCUGGUUAAUUUUGCUUAAAUUGUUUUUUUAUUAAGUGCAACAAUUAAUCAUUAAAUUAAAUUGACGGCUUAACGUAGUCAAUAAUGUCAGUGUUUAUAGACUUAUUGCAGUGUUUCUUUAUUGUAAUAAUCAACCAAAAUAUAAUAUUGAUUUAAUGUCAUGUUAUAAUGGGAACUACGUAAACAAAUGUAUUUACUGCCUUGUUAGUGACUUGUUAUUUACUGACAAAACUGUCAAUUAUUACUAUUCAUAACAAUGUGACAAAGACUAAGGAUGCUUAUGGAUUAACCUAUAUUCGUCACCAUUACAAAAAAAAUAACAAAACAUAGACCUAUAAGUAUA